UGAUUAAAUCUGAUCAUGCUUUCGACUUAAUCACAUUAGAAGAUUGAGAUAUUAAGAGCCCUGUUUUAGAGGGCAUUACAAAAGGUUGCACUGCUGUAGAAGCGGACUGGGAAAGUUAACGUGAGCAGUGGCUGGAGAGCCUCUCCCACGAACUCUCCAGUGAAUGAGUUGACUUUAUCCCAGGACAAGACAAACGACAGCAGUCCAGAAUGGAUGAGCUAACGGAUAAAGACCGGUUGAAAAUGGAGAUAGAGCAACUUCGUAAAGAAAUACCGUUAGAGAGGAUGUUGGUGUCUAAAUGUGCGGAGGAACUGAAGGAUUACAUUGAAUCGCAAUCUGCAGAAGAUCCUUUGGUAAAGGGAAUUCCUGAGGACAAAAAUCCCUUCAAGGAGAAGGGUGGCUGUGUCAUAUCAUAAAUCGGACAGAACUGGGAUACCCUCAGAGCAUCAUGGUAUUUUCUAAAGUUUAAUGCCCAUUAGUAUAACAAAACCCCAUAGAUGCUAAACCUGGAAGUUGGAAAAAUGGAGUCAUUUUGCGUGACAUCUUCAAGUUGUUUUUGAAAUUAAAAAGCAUUUCAGCACCAGCUGCAAAAUAAACGUAGUUUUGGCAAAUUCUA